CGUUUGGCAGUGCUCGCCUUCGCGGCGGCGCGACAGCUCCUUCGUCAUGGCGCCUCCACGAGCAUCCACUCGGCCUUCAAGGGCCGACAUGCUCAUGUCAGGGGUUCCAGAAGACUACAUCGAUGCCCUCCUCAAUGAGAAAUACAUGGAGGACUUGAUUGCUGCUACAAACAAGCAGUACCAAAAGCGGGAGAAGAAGCGAAAUCGAGAAGAUCGUUUACAAAAGGUGAUCCUACUGUUCCUGAUUUGCCAGGCGAUUCUAGGUGUAGCAGUUGCGGCCUACAAGACCCUCCUCCAACCAGACAAAGUCAUCAGCGCCUUCGUGAACAUGGAGAAUAUCGACAUGGUCUUGAUGAUUGACACCUCGAACCACAUGGUGGACCGCCUAACAAAGCAGCAGGAUGUUGUGCUUAAAUUCUCUGAAGAGAUGCUCUCAGCCAUGAAACUCGAGCGAGAGCAGACCUUGCAGAAGAAUGUGGAACGUGUUGAGGAGAUCAAGAGAAAGUCUUCCACGGCCAUCAGCAGGUUCUUGAGCCAUUUCUUUGAGACCAAUGCCCAGGACCACACGGGCCUGUCUGGUGGCAGACUCCGCUUUUCCACCGGGAUCUUCAACAGGAAAAGCACCACAUUGCACGGGUUCACCAACAACUUAACGCUUCAAAAGCAGGCCGUAGACAAUGUGAAGCCGGAGCACUACGAGGAUUUUACGCGCCUCAAUGAGGCCAUGUCAAGCUGCGUGGAGACCUUUGGACAGGCCAAGCGAAAGAACACCAAAAAGUACUGUGUUCUCAUCGGGGACAAUGAGGCCAUGUGUCGUAAGCCUGACUCGAAGGAAGUGGAUAAGCUGCUUGCAGAUGAGCGCUUCAAACACCUUCUGCCAAGCAAAUAUACGGAGGUGGGCGCACCAGUCGAGUAUGCACAUGAGUUUGACAGCUGCAAAGACUAUGUGGCCACUAAUUUUGGCGACGUCCAGCUCAUCAUGAUGUUUGCUGUUGCGUCCCAGGAGGAAGAACAAUUCCGCUUGAGGAACGACUAUUUCCGGAAGUUUGUCACGAACACUACUGGAUGUGGGUUUGACACCAUCUCCCGCACGGAGACAAAGGGUGGCUUCACCAGAACUGUUGUGGAAAUUGUCCCGAAGGCAGAGAAUUGCACUCGGUUUAUCCUUGGCCGUGGUUUGGACGAUGUCUUGCAGAAGUCAAAGUCCAUCGUACAGCUCUUGAAAGCAUCCGCUACAGACUGGGAGAAACCCAACGAGCAGAAGGAUAAUCGAUAUCUCUUUUUUCUGCUGUUGCCGCUCAACCUGAUUUUUUUCUUCGCAGCGGGAGCGAUAUUCCGGUGGUACGAGCGCUUCCGGCUGAAAGCUGCAAGGGUGAUGGGCAAAAAGAAGAAAAUGAUCAAAGUCACAAAGACGCUGGUUGAGAAGGACAAGAGAAAGUCAAUCGUUGAUCGUUUCGUGGCCCUACACUCUGAAGUUGAGAUGGCUGAGGUGAAAAAGAGGCUGCAACCCCUUGUGAAGCUCAACAGCCCAAUGACGGUGAGAGCGCGGCUGAAGGGUGGCUGCUUGCGCCACAAUGUUCAGCAGGGUGUUGCUGAUGGCAAUGGAGCAGCCUUUGAUCCAAAUGCGUUUUGGAACUUUGAGCCAAUUGGAGAGGACAUGGGUCCAGACGCAGUGAUGCAGGCAGGGCAGCCCGUGCAUAUAAAAAACAACAAGGGAGAGCUCCUUUGCAUUUGUCCUUCAGAUAAGCCUGGGGAGUCCAAGACCAUGUUUGUUCCAGCUGGGGAGGCCUCUUCGACAUCCACAGAAUUUGUGGUUUGCGCCACAACUGGGGACGAUGAUGCUGCCAAACUGGGCGAGACCGUUCGGAUCAUGUCCAAGGCGACCGGCCAAUUCUUGCGGGUGAAGAAGGAUGGCACUUGUGAUGGCAGUGGCACUUCGAAAGAGACGGAGCGGCAGGGAAGCGAAGACGUGAACCGCCGCGACAUGCCAUGUUCUCUAGGACGCUACAUGACGCUACUAGGAAAAAGGGCAUCGCUACUAGGAGCAAGGACGCCACUAGGAGCCGGGGACAAAUGACAUGAUCUCUCGGUGAAGGACAUUUGCAUACAACCUGAGCUGCCAAUCGAAGGAGACGCAAUUCGUCAUCGAUCAGGGCGGGCAAGCUGCGAAUGCAGGUUUCGCCAAGGGACCAGGGUUGACAUCUAGACGGGGUUCAGAACAUCAGGAGAGAUGUUAUACCUACGACUACGAAGGUUGUUUGUGAAAAGUCAUUUGUCCAAGGAGGGAACAGUUUGACAUUAUGCAACAGCGGAAUGGUUGGGCAGAUGCUUACAACUCAUAGAACAAGCAGUGAUUGAUGUUUAUUGUACCACAAGACUAUUCAUUGACGCUGCUUUUGCUUCAAGCCCACGAUUAUCGAUCGUCGCACAGUCUUGAGUGUGGCUGAGAUGCAGCUAGUCGUUCAGCAUAUUAAUUAAUGGCAUAGCUGGUGCUUGAAAGUGAAAGAACAUAUUUGCGCCCCUCAGUUUCAAGAUAUGUCCCAGGGAUCCCAGGGGCGGUUUUAGACUGUUUCAGUAAUAUAUAUAUAUAUAUAUAAUUUGGGCCCUGCCCCCCCACAGUAACAGUCGUAAAGGGUCAGGGCCCUUAAACCAUACCUCCAAAAACAAUAAUCAUAUUCAAAGUCAUUAAAGGAAAUUGGAUUGUAAUUUCUGGUCUAGGAAACGCAAAAUGAUUGGAGUAGUGGGCGGGUUAACUCAAAAGAACACAAAUCUGAACAUAAUUGCAAACCAACAACAACCAGUAUCAUCCCAAUCCCUUCACUAAUUUGUCAAUCUCAAGUGGCAAUUCAAAUUAUGAUAUGAUGGCUCAAGACUGGAACGGUAGCAGGUGGCCAGGAUUGCGUGCUCUCACAGCCAAAGGAAAGAGGAAAGAAAGAAAGGAAGGGAGAUUGUGAUUACACUGGUUGCAGGAUGAGAGCCAAGUCCAAAUUGGCUCUGGCUCCCUGCUCCACCCUGGCUUCCGGCUCCCCACCCAUCGCUCCCGGCUCCUCACCUUGUCGCUCCCGGCUCCCCACCUCGUCGCUCCCGGCUCCCCACCCCAAAUUUUCAAAAAAAUUGUCCAAAUCCCCGUGGUUUUUUGUGCUUUUUUUU